AUGACCUCGCCGACGCAUAUUCGCGCCGUCUACCGAUCCCUCCUGCGCGAAUUACCGUACCGUCGGCUCGCCGACUUGUCUAAAUCGCCGCUUCACGCUCGCCUCCGCCAGGCCAUACUCUCCGAUCGGCACACGUCGAUGCAGUUCGCGGAACAAGUACUGCAAUACACCAAGGCGCAGCGACUCUACGUUACUCUCGUGGAAAGAUACAAUCCUGGAAUGAACAUGGAUCAAGGCGAGAAGAUUCGAUUGACGGCUCGAAGGGUGGGCAUGCAAUUGCCCGUGGAAUUUGAUCCUGCUGGGGCCGGAGAAGAUUCAGAGAAUGGAGGCGAGCAAGGACGAGAUGUGCCUCGAUAA